CCCGGCCGCCCGGUGCUUCCGCUUCCGCCCCAAAGCCCCGCCUCUUCCGGCCUGGUGAAUGGUACCAUCCGGGCAGGGGUAGAGCAGUGAAUGACCUUCGCCCUGGAGGGGGUGGCCCAGGCCGGAGGGGCGGGGCGUCGCUGGUAGGGGCAGCCCGCGCGGGGGUGCCCAGAAGGCAGAAAGUUCCCGCCCGCGGCAGCCACAUGGAAUGUUCCUCCCGCGGCCGGGGAUGGUACGGUCAGGCCAGCGCGUCCCGUUGCUAGGGCACGGUCACGUGCACCCUCAUGCCCCCAGAGCGGGAGGCGGGAGCCGGGGCCGGAGCCUUGGGCGCCGAUUAAGCGGGAGCUGCCAUGGCCGAUGUAGUCGGGACCGGAGAGGAGCUAGGAGCCAUUUUGGUCCAGGUUCAAGAAGACCUUCACCAGCUUAAGGACAAACUAACAAGCAUCAACCUUGAACAACAUGGAGAGGGUGUGGAUGUUCACAUUCUUGAAACAGCCAUUGAAAGAACUGAAAUUGGGCUGAGAAAACAUGCUGAGAAUUAUUUAAAUGCCAUAAAUAGAAGUGUAUUGACUAUUCCCUAUACUGAUGAAAAAGAAAGAUACUCAGAACAGCACCCCAAAUGGAGGCUUCCUAUUGGUGUUGCUCAGAAGCAGUUUAUUUUUCCACGGGUGCCUGUUAAACCUCUGAUUACCCAGCCGUGUGGCAGAUCAGCAGCAUCUAUUUCUCCAGGUUUGCAGCACAAGCUUUCAAUGAAUGUGAAAAUCAUGUAUGAUCCAGGCGACACCAGUAAUAGAGUUCUUUUAAAACAGAACUAUGGAAUCAGUUUGCCACUUAUUAAUAAGAGAAAAUCAGCUCCUGUAUGCACUCAGAAGAUAGUGAAAGGCCCUACAGUUGGUAACCUCUCGGCUUUGCCUGCCUCUCAUCAGAUGGAUGCUCCCUUACCUAUAUUAGAAAGGGAUGCAAGGAAAGGUAUUCUGAAUCUAAUUGAGCGAAGGCUAAUCCCACCAGCAGCAAAGAUUACACUUGAGUCAUCUCCUGUUGUACCCAAAGCAGCUCCUCUCCAUGAAUUUCACAAACAGCACAAGAAGCCAGUUGUAGGAGGGAAUGGUAGCAAGGUGGACUUUGCUGGUACAGACAUCUUCAUCUUUCCAGACUCACAGAGAGGUCCCAAUGACUCGUAUUGCUCAAACAAAGGUAGUAUUACUCCACCUCCAUCCAGCAGCUCCAUGGCUUCAGCUAAGAAAUCAAAGCGAUUAUGGACACAACCAGCUCAAGGGCUGGAGUUGAUAAAUUGCACUUCCCCUCAGCCAAAGAGCCCACAUAUGAUGCCACCUCAGCCUUUACAGAAUACGUUUUUGGAUUAUGAUAUAACUAUUUACAAUGGCACUAUAGAUCAUAAGGCUCCAGAUUUCCUGGCAUUCAAGCAGCACUGUUGUUUAUCCUGGGGAAGUAUUCUUUCUUUCUUGGAACGUGUUGAGAAACUACUCAAGGACUACGCUGUACCAUUGGCUAUAAUAAAGGGUAAGAAAUUGAUGGAGCUCAUAUCGGACUUUGAACUUAACCAGAGGCCAAGCAGAGAUGACCUUCUGUCGGUGAUAAAGAACCGGACAACUGUGAAAAGGAUCUUAAAUCAACCUGGCCAGAGAUACAAAGGGCAACGUGGUACUGAAAUGGCUGCCACAAGGAUCCAAGCAACAUGGAGGUGCUAUACAGACAGAAAAGCCUACAUCCAUUUCAGGCAGCAGCAGUGGGCAUCAGGUGUGAUUGCCAUUUCUUGGCUCUUGCAUAGUCACAUGGCACGAGUAAAAAAGACCCUGAAGGAAUCACGUCAGAGACACCUGGAGAAUUUUUACAUCAGGGCCAAGCAUCUGGCAGCCAACUGGAAUCGCAUCAGGACCUCCAGGAGGACUAUUAUCCAUAUCCCAUCAUUAGGGUAUUCCCAAUGCAUUCGUGAGACCGCUCCUGAUUUUGCUCUUCAGCAGAAUUUGCAGAUGGGGAGGCUGUGUGACAUACUAGAUGCCAACGUUGACGUCAUCUACAUCUGCCCCCUUCAUCUGAGUGAGGAGUUACUGCAGUAUUACAAUAAACUCCUGGGUCUGCAGGCAGCUGUUAGAUCUGGGAACCCUGAGGACAUGGGUGACCUGCAGGACAGGUUCAAAAUUCUCGCCCCUGAAGCUAUAAACAGCUUCCCAGGCCAUCACAUGUGCCUGGCCUCUCAGUUGAAGUACAGUCCCAAGACAAUCAAAAGAAUAAAAAAUCUUAUCCAAGGCAAAGAAGCCUACAUUAUUGGUGGACUUCCUCACAAAGAUGAUUUAGCAGUGGCUGAUAUGUUAAAUGUGCCCAUAUUGGGCUCUGAGCCAGAAGUAGCUCAUCUUUAUAGAACUAAGUCCGGAAGUAAAAGAAUCUUUGCUAGUGCUUGUGUGCCAACACCUCCAGGAGAAUAUGACAUCUAUAACCAUCAACAAAUGCUUGAAGUUCUGAGUCAGCUGAUCAUAAAUAACUUGGGAGUGAGACGUUGGUUGUUUAAAGUGGACAAUGAAUUUGGAGGAAAUGGCACUGCAUAUUGUGAUAUUGCCAGGCACCUGAAAUGCUACCACUGGGCCCAGAAGGAAUGUCAGAGAUACACGACUGAGAUGUGGAGGAAGAAAUGGGCACAUGAGCCAGCUUUGGUGAAGAUCUCCCAGGAGCUCCCGGGCCUUUUAGCACAGCACGCACAGCCAGUCAAUGAGAAACGAUUUCCUACAUGGGAAAAAUUUCUCCAAACAUUUCUUAGUCAAGGCGGUGUGAUAGAAGCCUUUCCACCCUCAGAAAAUGUCACCAACCUUACAGUGGAUAUGUUGAUAGAGCCAAUGGGAGACAUAAAGAUAGUUUCAUCUGGAGAUCAGAUCCACGCAGAUGGUCCUUUGCAAUCAUCUGGCACCACUGUUCCACAGUGUUCAGUUGAUCCAGCAGUUCUUAAUUCAUUAUGUUUAAAAAUUGGAGAGGCCUGCAAAUCUAGAGGGGUGCUUGGCUACUUCUCAGUUGACCUUGUAACUUUCAUCCACCCACAAACAAUGGAGCAGCAGGUGUGGGUAACAGACCUUGACCUUUGCUAUAGUGACCAGCUGGCCUUCACUCAGCUCAUGUUGUAUGUGACAAAUGGCAAUCUGGAUGGGUGCUCUAACCAUUUUAAAGUGCCACUUACAUGGAAGAAAACAAAAAGUCAAAGUGUUCAGAGUGAGGAGGCAGAAACUCUGUCUCCAGUAAGCAGCCGCUAUGCAGUAAUGAGCAGUCAGCUGAGGCACUCCAACCUUUCAGUAAUUUACUAUAGUGUUCUCCUCCAAAUAUGUAAGGCUCAUGGCAUUGGAUUUGAUGUCCAGGAAAAACAAGGAACAAUUUUUAUACUGUAUGAAGAUCGCAAGCGGUACAGAUUGGGAAUGAUAACAAUCGGAGAGGAUCUCCAGGGGGUCCUCAUGACCUUUGCUCACAAUCUCUCCAUCAUCCAUCAAGAAAUAUCAGCACCUAAUAUGCAAGGCGAGACCAAUUUUAAGAUAGCAGUUCAAGAUAUUGAAGCAAUUCUGGGAAUUACAGCAGAAAACAAAUUGAAAUUUAAAGAGGAAUCCUCCAAAGAAGAUGCUCCGCAAGAAUAGUUGACAGAAAUUUUAAAACUCUUUUUUAAGCCUCUAGGAAAAACUCUCUCAUUCUCAGGAAUGCAGGAAAGAAAUAAGUUACAGGUUUUGUUGUCCUUGUCUAUUGAUAAUUAAAUUAAUAUUAGCUUAGACCGGAAAUUUUAAUGAUAACUGAGUGAGCUUAAAUGAUUAGUAAAAUAGUAACUAAAAUAUUCCUGGUGGUGCAAAAGGAAAUCUUGGUGAAGAACAGAGGAACAAAAUAAACAUUGUCCAUUUUCUUAUA